AUGUUUUCUUGUCUCCCUCCCACAGUCAAAAGGAAAUUCAAAUUCCUGGGACACAAGCGGACAGGCAGCUCCGACAGCAAGGUGUCUCAGGGUGCUUUCUCCCUCCUGGGUCGCCACAAGCACAGCAACAGUGACAUAAACAGCACGUGCAUCAACGGCAACCAUGUGUACGCCGAGGACGAAGAGCCCAAGAGUGGAUCCACUCUCAGUCUAAACAGCUCAGGACAGGGAUCUGUAGAGGAUGUCAGCAAACACACCACGGAAGUCCCUGUAGAUGCCUUUGUAAGUGUCCCCUCCUACAAGCAAGAGUCAGACCAGAAGGCAAGCCUGGAGCAACAACGCCACCAGGAGGAGGAGGGGAGAAGGCAAGCAGAGGAGAGGCGCAUAGCAGAGGCCAAGAGGCUGGUGGAAGAGGAGAAAUACAAGAUACAGCUCAAGAGACUGAAGGAGGAAGAGGAUGUCAGAGUGCAAGAGGAACAGGAGAGGAAGAGACGCUUCCUCGAGGAUGAAGCGAAGAGGAAGGAGGACGACGAGAGGAAGCAGCAAGAGGAAGCAGCUGAAGUACAGAAGCUCGAAGACGAGCGUCGCAAAGCCGAAGAGCAGAAACGUCAGGAGGACGCAUCCAUGAGCGACCGCCUGUCGUCUCUGUUCGGGAUGAUCAGAAAGAAGGAGGAGAAGAAGGAAGAGCCACAAACUAAAGAAGAGCUUCCAACAAAAUCCCCUCGCAGCAUCUCAGAAGAUCCCGAGCAACCGACCUCCCAUCGCUCCGGCAACCCCUUUGAGGACAUUUCCCUCAGUCCAGAUCAAGCACUUAAUGGAAGCCCAGCUGAUCCUCAGAAAUCCAGCCGCACCCCACAAGGCCCCUCUGCCAUGACCUUCCUCAACCGCUCCGCAAAAGUGUCUGCAGUCAAACCCAGGUAGGCCUUCUCCUCCAUUUACUCUGCACUAAUGU